UGAUCACUUACCCCAUCAACGCCACGAGUUUCGCGCACUCGCCUUCUGCCGCUGUUUAUAAAGCCUGAGGGAUCCUCGGCACAGUUCAAUUCAUAUCUACCAACUCCCACACCGUGGAUACACAUCUGAGCAUUUUCGCAUUCGUAGUCAGAAAGAGCAGGGCGGAUUGUGCAUUUUUGAGCAGGACCUCGGAGCUUGGCCACGGCAAUAACACCUUGCCAGCUGAAUUUCGCACACCACCACCAAUACCUUCCACUUUGCGGUGAAUCAGAACCACCACAUUGAAUCGAAAUCGGAGGACGUUCAUACAACAUGGCUCAAAUCCGAGGCACUGCCGGCUAUCAUUUGGGCAACCAAAAUGUGAACUUUGGCACACAUUCGAGCUCCAAUGCCACCAAUGACCCUUCACCGUUGGACGCAAUCCGACAGCAGACGAGCAAAAUCGAAGACUGGCUUGACACUAUCUCGGAUCCCGUCAAGCCAUACCUACCGAUCAUCGGACGAUUCCUAAUUGUUGUCACAUUCCUCGAGGAUGCGCUCCGCAUUGUGACACAAUGGAGCGAUCAGCUGAAGUACUUGAACACCUAUAGACACAUCCCUUACGGCCUCACGCACCUUUUCCUCAUCGUCAAUGUUCUUGCCAUGGUGUCAUCAAGCGUUCUUGUUAUUGCACGGAGGCACAGCGAAUACGCCGUGGGCGGCUUGAUUGGUGUCAUCAUCACCCAAGCGCUUGGUUAUGGUCUCAUCUUUGACCUGAACUUCUUUCUUCGCAAUCUCAGCGUCAUGGGCGGCUUGAUCAUGGUGCUUUCCGACAGCUGGGUGCGCAAGAAGUUUGCUCCUGCUGGUCUGCCUUCACUCGACGAGAAGGAUCGUAAGAUGUACUUUCAGCUUGCUGGUCGAGUCUUGUUGAUCUUCCUGUUCAUCGGCUUCGUCUUCGCAGGCGAAUGGAGCUUCUGGCGUGUGCUUGUCAUCAUUGUUGGCGCUGUCGCAUGUGUCAUGGUUGUGGUUGGAUUCAAAGCGAAGUGGAGCGCUAUCGUGCUGGUCAUGAUUUUGAGCAUUUUCAACCUGCUCGUCAACAACUUCUGGACGCUGCACCCUCACCACCCGUCCAAGGAUUUCGCCAAAUACGAUUUCUUUCAGAUCCUGUCUAUCGUUGGUGGUCUGCUCCUUCUGGUGAACAUGGGUCCGGGACAGGUCAGCUUUGACGAGAAGAAGAAGGUGUACUAGAGAGG